AUGUCGGUUACAAAACUUCAAUUCCAACCCUUCUACUUUCCUCAUCUUUUCUAUUUCGUUGGCGGUUAUGAAAUUCAAUUCAUGGUUUCAGAAUGGUUUCUCAAUUGUUUUCCUAAAUCCUCCUUCCUUUAUUGUUUGGGGUUUUCCAACUUCCAAUCUUCUCCAUGUUCAUCGGCGAUUUCAGAUGACAAGGAUGUCACGUGUUAUUGUACCCUCGAGUUCGAUGGUGUAUCCAUUGGAAAUCCUGGAAAAUCUGGUGCAGGAGCUGUACUGCGUUCUGGGAAUGAGGUCCAACACUUCAGUAGAGGACUGGACACUCAAACAAAUAAUUCUACUGAGUAUUAA